CCCCGCCCCGCCGAUUGUACCUACCCAUUAAACCCAAACUUGUCGGACCAAUGUUUUGUUAUUUGCACUCAUUUCCAUUUAUCUUAAGUGAAAAAUGGAAGAAUUGUUAUUUAAACGUGGCAUUAUUUCAUUGAUAUUUUCUGUGCCUACAGCUUUAAUUUUUAUUGCAGUAAACAAAAAUGAACCAAAUCCCUACAUGGACGAAAUUUUUCACAUACCUCAAGCUGGUAAUUUUUGUCAUGGUAAUUUUACACACUGGGACAAUAAAAUUACAACCUUACCUGGAAUAUACAUAUUAAGCCAAACGAUUUUGUCAAUAAUAGCUUUUUUAUCUAAUAAAUCUCUGGUAGAACUUUGCAAUGUUCAAUGGUUAAGAUUCACCAACGUUAUAUUUGCAUUGUGUUGCUUUUUUGUUUUAAAAGAAAUAAUUUUAGUACUAAAUAUAUCAAAUACGAGUGCUCCACCUAGAGCAGACAAAAAUAAAAUUGCUUCUGAUGACAAGAAAUCUAAUUCUAAUAAUGCUAUGCAGAAAAGCUUAUCAAAAGAUUUCGGCAUUAAAUCAGAUGCAAUGGCGUUAACCCUUUUAAAUUUUCCUUUGUUGUAUUUUUUCUCAUUUUUUUACUAUACAGAUGUAGGUUCGACUUGUUUUGUUUUGUUAAGCUAUUUAUUAUCACUUAAAAAUUACCACUUUUUUUCUGCUGUAAGUGGAACUCUGGCCAUUCUUUUCCGUCAAACAAAUGUUGUCUGGAUUUUUUUUGUUUUCGCAAAUAGCUGUUUGGAAUUUUUAAGCGCUCAGAAUUCAACUGAAAGUAAUGAUCGUGGUUUACUGCAAGCUCUAUUUGAUGUUAUACUUGGUGGCCUAAACAACUUCUGGAAACUUUUAUUAAAAUUUUAUCCAUAUCUGUCGGUGUUUGUUGGGUUUGUAGUAUUUGUUUAUAAAAAUAACGGAUUGGUUGUUGGAGAUCGAACAAAUCAUGAAGUUUCUUUGAAUUUUCCACAAGUUCUUUACUUUAGCAUAUUUGUUAUGUUUUUUUCUUGUCAUUUGUUGACGAGAUACAAACAAUUCAUAGUUUCGAUAAAGAAAAUAAACAUAUGGUUUUGCAUUUUGACUUUUAUUGUAAUGUUUUUAAUGGUGCAUCAUUUCACUAUGGCUCACAGAUACCUCUUAGCCGAUAAUAGACAUUACACAUUCUAUGUUUGGAGAAAGAUCAUAAACAGAUCUUGGUACUCCCGUUACAUGCUAAUACCUGCGUAUUUUAUUAGUUGGAUGAUUAUGUACAAUGAGAUGAGUAAAUCAAAUAAGAAACUAUGGGUUUUUCUUUUUAUUUUAUGCACUUCUGUUGUGUUGAUUCCUCAAAAGUUGCUUGAAUUUCGAUAUUACAUUGUGCCAUAUAUUUUGUUUAAACUUCAUCUUCCUGUUUCAAGUUUUAAAGAAAUAGCUCUUGAAUAUUUUAUGUACUUACUUGUAAACGGUUUUACAUUUUAUAUGUUUUUGUUUAAACCUUUCAGUUGGGUUGAUCAUUCUUUACAACGUUUUAUGUGGUAAACGUCUUAAAUUUUUGAUUAUGGUAACUAUGACAAUAUAAAUCUUAAAAAAAAAUAUGUCAAUUUUUAUUUUAUGAAUCUGAUUUGUACUUUAAUUCUAAGAAAAAAAGCGUUUAUUUAUUUUAA